AUGUCUGAUUUACCAUCAACGUCGACAUGGGGGUCUGGAGAUGGUGCGGCUGCGCCUGGUGGUCGCCGCAAGAAGGUCUACGGAUAUUUGAAAGCAGCGAAUGAGUUGCGCCAGGCGUAUACGUCACAAUGGUCUGGGCAACGGAAUGGCCCCGGUGAAGACUACUAUAAUACCCCCGGCGCUUUUCCGGAUGUUGAGAUCGCGCGGUCUGGGGAUGAGGAGAUGGUGCUCUUCCCGAGUUAUGCGAGACGCUUGCCUGAAAAGAAAAUAGAAGAGCGUGUGCGGCGUAAUUCGUGGUCAGAUACUCUCGAUGAGUAUCGCGGUACAUCUGACAGCAAUGAUUUCUUCAACUCCGGUUAUGACGAAGGCGAGAUGGAGAAUACGGUUGUGGACGUGGAUGUGCGUGGCUGGAUAUACGCACCUAAUCGUGGGCCCAUGAACCGGAAGCAUCGCUUGAUGAUUACUUUGGCUAGGAAGUUAAGCGGGAUCCCAGCGCCGACGGGUACCGGGAAUGAGGAGGCUAAUAGGCCGCCGGGCCAGGGAGAGGAUGAAUUGGCAGACAAACAGAUGCAGUCUUUGGUCGACACAGCAGAGAAGGACGCAGACCCAGCUUGGAAGAUCAACUCAGGCGGUGAUCGACCCCGAAACACAACGGCGCCCAGCCAGCCAAUGAGCAAAGAUGAAUUGUCUGUUGCCAAUGCGCAUCUUAUGGAGAGACUUCGUCCAUUUUUGACCAACCCCAUGGCGUUGAUGCCGGUGACGGUGUUUUUCUUCAAUGAUGAGCAAAGCAAAUCCCGAAAUCUAAUGACAGACGAGUCGGGCCAUUUCACACUCCGGGCACCAUUGCCCUUUGUCCCAACGCAUGUCCGCGUAUUGGCUUCGGAGGACCUGUCUGCAGCCAAACCAAUUGAGAUCAUAGACCCGGUUGGCAUCAGUCUGAUCAGUGAUAUUGACGACACAGUGAAGCAUUCUGCCAUUGCCAACGGGGCAAAAGAGAUGUUCCGGAAUACAUUUGUGCGCGAGCUGGCGGAGCUGACGGUCGACGGAGUCAGCGAGUGGUAUACGAAACUGGCUAAGCAGGGCGUGAAAAUUCACUAUGUUUCCAAUGCUCCAUGGCAACUGUAUCCUCUGCUGGAGAGAUACUUCAAGAUGGUCGGCUUGCCGCCGGGGUCGUUCCACCUCAAGCAAUAUUCGGGGAUGUUGCAGGGGAUUUUUGAACCCACCGCCGAGAGGAAACGGGGAUCCUUGGAACAGGUUCUGCGGGACUUUCCAGAGCGCAAGUUUAUUCUUGUAGGAGACAGCGGCGAGGCUGACCUCGAGGUCUACACUGAUAUCGCGUUGGCGAACAAAGGCCGGAUUCUGGGCAUCUUCAUCCGCGACGUAACCACGCCUGACAAUAAACAGUUCUUUGAGGGAUCAGCCAGCCAUCUGGACCCAGAAGCCCUCCGCAGCCGCAGCACUCCGCAAUUGGUGGAUCGGUCCAGGUCUCCCGCGCCUCCUCCAGCCCUGCCGCCUCGCCGGACGCUGGCUGCAGCAAAAGAAGAUGAUGUCAAGAGUUUUGACACGGGUGAUCUGAUCGAUCUUAGUGACGAGACUGAGCAGAAACCGUCUACCCAUGACGUGACUACCAGUGGUAAUGCACGGGUACCUCCUGCGAAGCCCUCAAAACCAUCUGCUUUGCGUUCAGUUUCUACAGUGAUAGAUGCAACCGAAACCACUACCAAGCCGCCUUUACCUUAUCGAGAUCCGGUUCGGCGUAAACCUGUUCCUCCACUGCCACCUCGGCGGUCCUCUCCAGCCAUGACCGAUUCCCUAAUUGAGAUCGACUCUCAGCCAUCGGUCACUCGAACCCGCACCGAACCGGUCCCAGGUGACCUUACCCCAUCACAGAACGAUGCACUUUCGAGCUCCCCGAAUCCGCCAUCACAGACCCCUGGCUCCAAGGGACCUCCACCAGUGCCUCCUCCUCGUCGCACAAACGCAGCUUCUUCCACUGCCAGCUCCAGUUCUAGCGCGACACCCACUCCUCGUCCACCAGCCACAAAGCCAUCUUAUCCAACCGCAGCCGCCCAAGCCGCCCUGAAUUACGCGACGGAGCGCCUGAAUCUAAACUCAUCCUCUUCGAAUGGGCUCCGUUCCUCUGCGUCCAACCAAUCCCUUGGCCGAACUACACCUCCCAGCCACAGCAGUGCUGCCAGUGAAGCAGGCGUACCAGCUGCACCACUCCCGAAUAAACGGGAAGAACUGUGGAAGCGCCGCUGGGAGCGGGCCAGCGACAUUCUCAAUAAACAGGGCGUUGUACUGAGCAGUUGGCGCGUCGGUAGUGAUGCACAGCCUGUUUGUAUGUGGUUAGUUGAGGAGGCGAUGAGGGAGAUGUCGACCAAUGGGUCGGGUCGAUCGUAA